AUGCUGGAUUCGACACACAUCUGCAGGUCAGAGCAGAGUGGGAGUAGUGGAGGGAGGGAGGGAAGGAGGGAGGACUGGAGGGAGGGAGGGAGGGAAGGAGGGAGGACAGGAUGGAGGGAGGGAGGGAAGGAGGGAGGACAGGAUGGAGGGAGGGAGGGAGGGAGGGAGGGAGGGAGGGAGGGAGGGAGGGAGGGAGGGAGGGAGGGAAGGAGGGAGGGAGGGUGGAUAGAGAGGUGGCGGGAGAGGUGGAGGGAGGGAGAGAGGGAGGGAAGAGAUGGAGGUAGGGUUGGCGAGAGAUACAGUUUUGGCACGGUGAACCCAGAAGGUUCAGAGGUCAAGGAACAAAAGCCCAGUCUCUUAUCAUCUCAUCAUAUAUGGAGUGAAAUCAAAGCAGUCAUCCACCCCCCUUCCAAAAAAAUAAGUAAAACAUCUUUGAGAUGAGGUUUGAUCCUAUAGAACACAGUAACAGCAGUUCCAUUUCAAUUCAGUCGAUUCAGGAAGUAAAUGGACAAUUGGAAUUGGAAUGCAUAGUUUGCUUCCUGAAUUUACUGAACUGAAAUGGAAUUGACCACAGUCGUGAAUGACAUUGGUAUGUUAUCAACCUCCUCUUUUGAUUUCUCAACCUAGGGCCCUCCCGGAUCCUUUGACUUCCUACUGUUGUUGAUGGCUGACAUCCGUAAUGAUAUCGUUGAGCUACAGAGCAAGGUGUUCGGCAGACACAUGCACUCUCCUGGUGAGGAUUUCCCUUUGGGGGUCCCAGAUACAUGGAGGGACAACCAGUCGCCUGGGAGGGAGGUCCCUAUGGUUGUCCCAGAGAGCUGGAGGGACAACCAAUCGCCUGAGAGCUGGAGGGAGAACCAAGAUAUCCUGGUGGACAUGGGCUCUGGAGAAGACUACAAACCAAAGGACUACAAAACACGGAACGUUGCCAAGGCCAACUCUGGAGAGGACUACAAACCACUUAGGAAGGAAGAGGACAGGAACAGGAACAGGAACAGGAACAGGAAGAGGAAAACCAUGCGAGCCUUAACAACAGACUCAGACUUAGAUUGGACGAUUUGA